AUGAAAAUAAAAGUGUUUCUCAUCAUUUCACUGCAAAUAGUAAUUUUUCAAACAGUGUGUGCAUUAAAAACAUGCGAUGUGAUAGAUAAACUCAAUAUAGACUUGCGCUUGGAAUUGAAUAUUUUUCUAAACAUUACGGAAGACUCUGCUGAUGAGCUUUGUAAGCAUAGCGGUUUAACGCCUAAAAUUAUACUCGAUUAUGAGCAUGCAGAUCUACUAGAGCUCAACGGUUGGGCAACGGAGAAUGUUUUGACAGUUGCUUUUGUUGGUGUGAAGAAUAAGACAAAGCCUAUCAGCACACUCGUCAAACUGCUCUGGCAAUUGCACUAUACAAAUGUGCUUUUCGUUUAUAAAAGCUCAAUGAGCGGUGUGCAGCUUUAUGAGCUUUUUGCGCUUUGCUGGCAGCAUGGUUUCGUAAAUGUGCUCAUUUUGAUUCAACAAACCCUGUACACCUAUCAUCCCUUUCCAGCCAUAAAAGUGCUGGAGUUACGUACGCUCAGCGCUUACUACGACAAGUCACAUUUGGAGGACUUUCAAGGUCACCCACUACGCUCCAGCAUCAGCAAUAAUGCGCCGCGUGUCUAUCACUACACAGAUGACGAUGGUAAUUUAGCCAAUGGUGGUUAUCUUUACGCAUUGUUGCUAACGUUCAUACGACAACACAACGGCACAUUUCAAGAGGUGAAAAUGCCAACAUAUGAUCUGAAUUUAACUCAAACAAUCGCAGCAUUCAACAAUCGAGACAUCGAUAUACUUGCCGAGCUGCUAUUCAUGUAUCCUGAAUACGCGCACAGCGCUGUCGUUUGCAUUUAUCGCACACUGCUGAUGGCGCCCUACGCUAAGCCGCUCCAAAGCUAUCUGUACAUACUGCAACCGUUGACGCGCUUCAUCUGGCUACUCAUAAUUAUAGCAUUUUGCUAUUCGCUCAUCGCCCAAAUGCUCUUAUCACGUCUGCGUACGCGUCGUUUCAACUUCGGCGCGGCUUUGCUGCGCAUCGUCAGCGGCAUACUUUAUCUGCCAACAUUUUACUAUCGCAACUGCGCGAGAACACAAAUAAUCUGCGCCAUCAUGUUGCUGGCGAGUGGCUUUCUCCUAACCAACUUUUAUCAGACCAGUUUGGCCAGCAUGUUUAUCACCCGCCUGUAUGAGCCGCAGAUCAAUACCAUUGCUGAUAUCGCGCAUACGAAUUUCCGCUUGCCCAUCACCAAAACGGAUGCCGCCUAUUUGAAUAGCCUGGCGGGUGUGCCAGAGAUCAUAAACGACCGUCUGAUUGAAAUGAAUCCAUUGGAGACCUAUACAUUGUUACGUGAUCUCAACACCUCGUAUGUUCUCUCAUCCAUGGAGGACAAAAUCAUGUUCUUUAUGUAUCAACAGAAGUUUCUUCGCAUACCAAGGGUUAAGGUGAUCGACGAGGAGUUAGCGGAGGUGCCACUGUUCAUAGCUUUAGCACAUGGCUCGCCCUUUAUACAGCAGUUGAAUAGGUUCUUGGGACAGAUUUUCGAUACGGGAAUAUUUCAGAAAAUGGUUUCCGACAGCGCCGAGGAAGGUAUUUUGACUAAUGAAAUACGUUUCUUCAGAACAGUGUCUGCUAAGUUUUAUCCGCUCUCAGUGCAGAAUUUUUCAAUGAUUUUUGUCGCUUGGGCUUUUGGCUUGAUGUGCGCAACGGUAUGCUUUCUGAUUGAAUGGAAGUUUUUGAAGAAAUGA